UUGACACAAUCAGUCGAUAGCCAUCAUAACGUGAUUCAUGUAGUCAACGACCUUACGAUGGACACGGAAAAGAUAUUCCGCGAUGUGUUAGACGAAAUCGCUAAAGAAAAUAAUUAUAUUGAUUAUAAACUACAAAUUAAACCAAUAUCCACGGGUGGAGCGAAUUAUACUUCAGUUCUGUACACAGGAACAAUUUCAGCGGCGGGAAAAGAUGAUUUGAAACUGUUCGGCAAAGUCGCCAAUAUAAGUGAAAAAAUGCGCGAAGAUAUAUCACCUACAUUGUUUGAUGUUGAACGCGUCGCGUACACAGAGAUAUUGAAAGUUUAUGAGAAGAUUCAGAACAAACAUCACAUAAAAGAUGAGGACAAACUGAUUUUCUGCAAAUUCUACGGUUUUAAUUCAAACGCUUACCAAGAGACUGCAGUUUUGGAAGAUCUAUCGACUAAGGGAUUCUCUCUCCAUGACAGAUUCCAAACAGUUGAUUGGCCGUAUGCUUCUAAAGCUGUUGAAGUGUUAGGAAAACUACACGCUCUCUCAAUGUGUUUUAAAGAAGAAUAUCCAGAGAGCUUCCAAAAAUACUGUAAUUUAUUAUCAACAUUAUCAGAGGGAGUAACAGAUAUGUUUAAUAAAACUUUCCUCACUGUUCUACCAAUUGCAAAGUCAGCAAUUUAUGAAGAUAAGAUGGAGAGAUUCGAAGCCUAUUUUUCUAAAGAAGAGAAUAUUGAUUUCACCAAUAUGUUUAAAACUGGUCUGAGGCCAGUAUUGGCACAUAUGGACUACAGACCUAGCAAUCUGAUGCAUCGAAAUAAUGAGGACGGCAGCUUAGAUAUGAUCCCUGUGGAUCUUCAGACCAUGCGCCCAGCUUCUGGAAUCCUGGAUCUACUCUACUUCAUCUACUUGGCCACAGACGGUGCCUUCCGUAAAAAGUACUACAACAAUCUUAUAGACCUUUAUUACGCCACGCUCAGUCGCAUGCUGAGGGCAUAUGGUCUCAACCCUGAUAAAGUCUACUCUAGGGAAGAUUUUGACUUAGAACUGCAAGAGAGGCUACCAUAUGGGCUGAUGUGCGCUGUCUUUGGCCUCCCCGUGGUGACGGUGGAAAGCGAGGAUGCUCCCAACUUAGGUGAUCAUGACGCCUCCCUGGACAUGUUCCAGAUGAAGGCAGGAAAGCUACUACCGCAGAGACUUAAUGAUGUAAUCGAUGAUUAUAUAGCGUUUGGGAUACUUUAAGUGGUAAUUAAAUUUACAGGAAAUUACGAUAGCUAUGUUUUCUAUGUAGUAAUCAAAUAGAAAUUUUGUUAAUGUAAAUUUUGUUAAUGCAACUGUAUAAUAAAUAAUUUUUUUAUGACUGUU